UCGCGCCUCUAGCCGUUUCGCGUUAGCUUUAGCCUUUAGCUCGUAGCCUGUAGCUCAUGAGUAGUUUCAGUUAUGAUGAGCGGUAGGACGAGUGCGAUUGUCGCCGGGGUAUGUGGGGUCGUAUUUGUUGCGUAUUGUGUAUACUUUGACAGAAAGCGACGGAGUGAUCCAAACUUCAAGCAAAAACUACGUGAACGGCGAAGAAAACAGAAAUGUUCCGCGGAGAGGUCUGGACUGGCAAAGCUCCCAGACCUGAAAGACGCUGAAGCUGUUCAGAAGUUCUUCCUGGAGGAGAUCCAGCUCGGAGAAGAGCUGCUGUCACAAGGUGAAUUUGAGAAGGGUGUAGACCACCUGACCAAUGCCAUCGCAGUAUGUGGCCAGCCACAGCAGCUCCUCCAGGUCCUUCAGCAGACCCUGCCCCCUCCAGUCUUCCAGAUGCUGCUCACAAAGCUCCCCAGCAUCAGCCAGCGUAUCAUCAGCGCCCAGUCUUUAUCAGAAGAUGACGUUGAAUGAUGAGAGAUAGUGUUAUAAAUAUUCCAUAAAGGGAUUUUAGACCUUUCUGAAUGAGUACUGUUAAGUUCACUACUGUGACUGAGGUGGACUUAACCAGCCCAGUUUUGGACAAGUCCUCAUCUGACGCUUCACUCCGGACUUCAUAACAUUUAGACACUUUGGGGAUGGUUUCACAGUCCCCACAAUCCAACAAAAGAUCUAACUUGCCACCUUCAAUUUAUUUAUUUUGUACUAAAAAUUAAUCAUGACUUGGGAAACAUAAUGAAACUCUGAUAUGGUGAACUGUAGUUUGUGUUUAAGAGCUCACUUGUUGUUCAUGCGUUACUUUGUUAAAUGUUAUUUUUAUAACCAAUAGUCUCUUGCAUAUCUACUCAUGGUGAAAACAUGAAAUAAAACAUGUACAAACCCAA